AUGUACUCAAUCUGGACUCGUGCUAACGCCGCGUUCUUCUCGUCGUUGACGGCACUGGCAGUGAUGUGUGCGCUCACCACUUUAAGCACGUUUCUGCACGAGGAAUCACCGGUUGUCAAACGCUUAGAGAUGACUGAAUUGCAUUCGCUGCGCAAUUACCGCGAUAAAACGGACCGGGCCACACUCUCGUUCGACCUUGAUGCUGACUUAAGUUCUGUGUUUAAUUGGAAUGUAAAGCAGCUUUUUGUGUACGUGGUGGCUGACUUCAAGAGUGCCAGCAAUGCUCGCAACCAGGUUGUAAUAUGGGACAAGAUCGUACAAACAAAGGAGGCCGCCAGUUUGCUUAAAUAUGAAAAUGAGGGGGUCAAAUACUUUCUUGCUGAUCAGUACGAUGAGCUACGCGGUGCCAACGUUACACUUAGCCUUGAGUGGGACAUCAUGCCGGUGUGUGGCCGUCUUUUUAUACACUCGAGCAACACCAAAGCCAUUUUCACGCUUCCAGACACAUACCAAGGCAAAGCACCCAAAACUGGCGGACGAUUUUAG